GCAGACAACAAGACUGAGGCAGCUAUGUCUGAGCUGGUGCCGGAGCCCCGGCAAAAACCAGCAGUGCCAAUGAAACCUGUUGGCAUUAACUCCAACCUGCUGGGCUACAUUGGGAUCGACACCAUCAUUGAGCAGAUGCGCAAGAAGACCAUGAAGACGGGCUUUGACUUCAACAUCAUGGUUGUAGGUCAAAGUGGGCUGGGGAAAUCAACACUGGUGAACACCCUCUUCAAAUCCCAAGUUAGCCGCAAGUCUUCAGGCUGGAACCGUGAGGAGAAGAUCCCUAAGACAGUGGAGAUCAAGGCCAUUGGGCAUGUCAUUGAAGAAGGUGGUGUCAAGAUGAAACUGACGGUAAUUGACACCCCAGGGUUUGGUGACCAGAUCAACAAUGAGAAUUGCUGGGAGCCCAUUGAGAAAUACAUCAAUGAGCAAUAUGAAAAAUUCCUGAAAGAGGAAGUGAAUAUUGCAAGGAAAAAACGAAUCCCAGACACGAGAGUCCACUGCUGCCUCUACUUCAUCUCCCCCACGGGUCACUCCUUGCGACCCCUGGACCUAGAGUUCAUGAAACAUCUCAGCAAAGUAGUAAACAUCAUCCCUGUUAUCGCCAAGGCAGACACCAUGACCCUGGAAGAGAAGACUGAGUUCAAACAAAGGGUGCGCAAAGAACUGGAGGUGAAUGGGAUCGAGUUUUACCCCCAGAAAGAGUUUGAUGAGGACCUGGAGGAUAAAACAGAGAAUGACAAAAUCAGGCAGGAAAGCAUGCCGUUUGCAGUGGUGGGCAGCGACAAGGAAUACCAAGUAAAUGGCAAAAGAAUCCUGGGCAGGAAAACUCCCUGGGGCGUCAUUGAAGUGGAAAACCUCAAUCACUGUGAAUUUGCCCUACUUCGAGACUUUGUCAUCAGGACCCACCUCCAAGACCUAAAAGAAGUGACGCACAACAUCCACUAUGAGACCUACAGGGCCAAGCGGCUGAAUGACAACGGGGGGCUCCCCCCGGUGACCGCCGAGACAGAGGAGAACCACGAAAGUAAUCUGUGA